CAAUUGCUGGUUUUCAGUUCUCAGAAGUCACUGCCACAUAACCAGAGGGUGGCUGACAGACCAGUUGUCUUAAAAGCUUUGGUUCUGCAGACUUGCUCAUCUGCUGUUCAGUAGCAACAUAAAAUAGCAACACAGGUUCUUAUAGUGCCAAAUCAUCCUGACUCUGCAGACAGCUCUUUCCAUAAUGUGCAUGAAAAGAUUAAAACCUGUAUCUACAGUCCUGCAGCACAGAGAAAAGAAAUCCUGAUCAUGUUAACCUCUGACAAUUUCACUUUUGCUGUGGGAACAUGAUGAGCUAUUUUCCAUUUCCUCAGAAGCUCGUUGGAAUUUACCCUGGAAUUCAUGUGAGAGCUUCAGGUUCAAACUUAGUAAUGAAGACAAUUUCUGCCCUGAGAAACUGGAUGUUGACUUGAUCUAACUUAAUGAUGGAAAACACCUGAGACCAAUGAGCCCUGAAUGAAAACUCCUGUGUCCUCCAGCUGUGGGUUCUGCCAAGUGACUGUGAGCAACCCUGUGGAGAAAGUGGCCUAUCUUGUAAUAUUCCAUAUUCUCUUCGUGCUCUUUGUGUGGACAUAUUGGAAGUCUGUUUUCACUCUCCCAGUGCAGCCAGACAAAAAGUUCCACAUGUCCUACGCUGACCAGGAGCGCUAUGAGAACGAGGAGAGGCCGGAGGUGCAGAGGCAGAUCCUCGCCGAGAUCGCCAGGAAGCUGCCGGUGUACACGAGGACAGGGAAUGGAGGUAUUCGGUUCUGUGACAGAUGCCAGCUGAUCAAACCUGAUCGUUGUCACCACUGCUCCGUCUGUGCCAUGUGUGUGCUAAAAAUGGAUCAUCACUGUCCAUGGGUGAAUAACUGCAUUGGAUUUUCUAACUACAAAUUCUUUCUACUGUUCUUAGCCUAUUCUUUGUUGUAUUGCUUGUAUAUUGCUGCAACAGUCUUCAAGUAUUUCAUUAAGUAUUGGACAGGUGAACUGACCAAUGGACGUUCCAAAUUUCACAUCCUUUUCCUUCUCUUCGUGGCAAUCAUGUUCUUCGUGAGCCUCAUGUUUCUGUUUGGAUACCAUUGCUGGCUCGUUAGCAGAAACAGAUCCACCUUAGAGGCUUUCUCAGCUCCGGUGUUUCAAAAUGGCCCAGAUAAAAAUGGAUUCAAUCUUGGCUUUGUAAAGAAUCUUCAGCAAGUGUUUGGAGAAGAAAAAAAGCUCUGGUUGCUGCCUAUUGCCUCAAGCCAGGGGGAUGGACAUUUUUUCCCCAUGAGAGCCUCGUGUGAAGCUCGGAACCCUCUCCUGGCAAAUGAAGAGCAGUGGGAAGAGGAUGGAAUAGAUGAAGAGCCCCAGGGUUCUGGUGAAGCCUCAGCCCUUGUCAUAGAAAGGGAGACAUAGCAGUGUGACAGUGCAGCUGGGUAAAGCUUGAGCACAAAGAUUUCAGCUUCCCUCUCAGGAGCCAACACCUCUUGGCAUGGACUUCAGUUUUGAGGGGCAGAAAACAAGUGGAUCUUCAAGAUGAAAAAACGUCCUGAAGUAUCACCCAACUGGAGUCUGCAUCUGAGAGUGCUUCUCCAGAAAUCCUGCUGUCCAGAUGGCCCAAGACUUUAUAAGUUUCAGUUACAGAGUUAACAGAACAGUUUUAUAGAGUGAUUGUGGCCAAUCUUCUUUGGCCUGCUCUCUUUAUUUUAUAAAUACUAUAUAUUUUUUAUGCAAAAAAGGUAAAAAUGUUGAUGAGAGUGCACUUCCAAAGGCCUUUUCAUUUUGCAAAUGUCAGGGACUUGAGUUUUUGAAAUUCUACCAAGCCAUAAUAUUCUUGGGGAUGGUUAUUUAUUUUGAGGCUGAUUCUCCAACCUUCUCUGACAUUUUCUACUGUGUUUGAAGUUCUGAAUCAGUUCAGCCCAGUGCGAGACAGACCCAGUUAAAUCUGGCACUAAAUUGGUAGUUGGGUGUAAGUGUGUUGAAAGAAAAAGUGCUGAACAUGCACACUGACAUGUGCAGCUGUGAAUGCAAAUAAAAUAUUCCCAUUGCCAGUAUCAAGAUUCAAGAAUAUUGUGGCCAUAGAUUUUUUAACUUUUUUUAGGAGGGUGUUACUGUCUUAGAGUUUGGUUACAGUGCUCUUUGGCCAGUCCUACUUGCAGGCACCUAAAAUGCAAACAGGAACUUCAGACAGUCCAGUUUGCAUUAAUUCCUAGGGCCAAAAUGUCCACUCAUUCCUGGAUCGGUGUUUGAUGGAAAUUUGUGUGUUUGUGGAAUCAGAAAGGAAGGUGUGAAUUUGAAACACAGGAGUUGGAAAUGACAGUGAAAGUUUAGCUCCAACAGUGGUGUUUGGAGUUUACACUCCACACGAAAUGCUGAAGAGACAAUUGAUAUAUAGAGUUUUUCAGACUUCUUCCCAAACCAGUGCACUGACUGGUGGUUCCAGGAGUUUCAGCACUAGGUGAUCAGAUUUUUUUUUUUACAUUUUGCUCCAUUUGCAGGCAAAGGGAUAUAUCCUGGUUCUGUUCUGGGGAAGGGAACUGACCCUUUGGCCGGAUUAUACACAUUUUUCUAGACUUGACUCUUUUUUUAUCUGCAUGAUUCAGCCCUGGCAGCUCCAUCACUCAUGUCUGAAUUAGGUGCAUGCUUACAGUAUUAGUGUACUGCCUUUAAGAUCAUUUGGUACCAUUUUC